AUGCAGUCAUCUCCAGGGGAAACAGAGGAGGUCUCGCAUCGUGAGACUACCAGUCGCGAGACCACCGCUCGCCUGCCCAACAUUCGCGAGACCACCGCUCGCGAGACCAACAUUCGCGAGAUCACCGUUCGCGAGAAAACAUUCCCGAAACCAUAUUCUCUCAGCCGUCAUCUCAAGGACCCCCACAAAGAUGCCUUGACUGAAACCCCCAAGACUCUGUCCACUUUUUCCAGGACCAAGUCUGGCACUGGCUCUGUCAAGAAGUUGGUAAUCAAAAACUGUAAAGAUAAACUUCUGGUGCUGGAAAAGUACACUGAAGAAACAUGGCAAAAAUUAAAGGAGGCUAUACAGGCUAUCCAGAACAACGUCUCCAUUAAAUACCACCUGGAAGAACUCUACCAGAUUGUUGAAAAUAUUUGCUCCUUCAAUUUAUCUUCAAACUUGUAUAAACAACUGACGUGGCUUUGUGAACUCCAUAUGAAGGCACAAGUUCAUCAGUUCAGGGAGAAUUCUUUGGAUAGUGACUCUUUCAUAAAGAACAUUAAUCAAUGCUGGCAAAAUCAUUGCAGGCAAAUGAUCAUGAUCAGGAACAUUUUUCUGUUCCUAGAUAGAACUUAUGUUUUUCGGAAUCCAGAGUUACAUUCUAUUUGGGACAUGGGGAUCCAAUUAUUUAAAUCACACAUAAUGUGUGAUCAGAACAUUCAGAGCAAGACUAUACACGGGACUCUUCUGUUGAUUGAAAAAGAAAGAAAUGGCGAGGCGGUUGAUCGAUGUUUGAUUCAAAGACUUUUAAAUAUGCUUUCUGAUUUGGAACCUACUGAUCUGAAGAAGCAAAAGAAUUCUUAAUUGACAGACACUGCA